AGGCACCAGUGCAUCACGGAGGUCACAACUUUCGCUUGGUCAUGGUCAUUGACCUCUUCAUUGGGAGCUCUCUCUCUCGCGCUUGACACACUUGUUGCAUCGAAAACAACACAUGUAUUACGUGUCACGUAAUUGAGUAGUUGUUCUUUCCUGCUAGUCACAAGAACAACGACUUAAGUAGUAACUGGCCUUACAACGAUAACGACCAUAUUUCUAUAACGAAGACCACAUUUUAUAUUUAUUACAACUUAUUCUGACAUUAUUUUUUCAUCCUACAAGAACAAGAACGAACGAGGACAACGACGACAAAUAAAAUGGCUCCUUCCAAACCCACAUUGGUUUAUUUUAAGGCCGCUGGCCGUGUUACGGGCGCUCGGAUGGCACUCUUCAACGCAUACGGAAAGGAUGGCUGGGAUAACGUCAUGCUCACCUUUGAUGAGUUUGUUAUGAAGGGGCUUCACUAUUUGUUUCAGGGAACAUUAUGAAUAAUGUACUUACGUUAAGUACAUGUACUUGUACAUGCUAGGUACGUCACGACAGCCACAAUACUUUUGAGACUUGAAAUGGAUGUCAUCCGCGGGGGGGACAACAGGGCAACAGUUGUACCAGACUUUGAGAAGUUGCACAUCAAUACAAGUACAACUUAUUAGUACCUAGCUGAAGGCGCUGUAAAAACGUCUCUGGGGACGUCAAUAAGCUCGUCUAACACCAGUGCUGAAAAGAAGAAGCACGCAGCGGGAGAAGCCGACUGCGCUUUGAAAACUCCGAUGGGCUAUCUGCCGCAACUAGAAAUGCCGGAAGGAAAAGUGGUACUUGGAGAUUCAGAAAAAAGAAAAACAACAAGAACAAGGACGAUAAGGAAUGUCUAUUUUGUUACGAAGAUUGCCAUUGCUCCUCCCGGCUGCAGCAGCGUUUGUGGAUUCAUAGAGUAGUGAUCUCAAUCCUUACAUGUGUUACGAUUGCUUGAGGAAGGAGCUGAGGCUGACAGGGGGGUGGUGUAUAUUACAUGAUGAUGCGAUGAUCUUCUUUUCAAUUGGUCUAUAAAGUCAGAAGUCCACGAGGACGACCAUAAUGAUAUAUUUCCUACUUGAUCCAUCCUCGACUUCUUCCAGACAGUUGUUUACUAUAAUAUGCCAAGUGCUUGCACUUGCUUGCUCCUCACAACUGCAAUUCUAGAUCUUGAAGAAAAGAAAUAUCAACUGCACGUCGUCCUUGUUGAAAUUCUACUUCCUUCCUAGAUUUAACUCAAACACACCAUUGUUUUGCACGUUAGUACUUUGCACCACAUCGUCCUUGUUCUUGAAAUUCUGCACCACAUCGUCCUUCUUCCUAGAUAACCCAAACACCUUGUAUCGCACGAUGGGCGGCGAAACAAGGUGCGAACCCGCUCUACCCUUCGGACCCGAUGGAUCAACUUCUAACGGAAGAAAUCAUCGACGUUGCUUUAUGAACUCAUGGCUCUAACGGAAGAAAUUAUCGACGUUGCUUUAUGAACAAUAGUAGAGAUGAACAAGUAGUACUGUUUUUAUACAGCCACAUGAUCAUGAGUCAUGUUCUAUCUGUUCUUGUACUAGAACCACAUUUUUAAUGUUGUUGUGUUCUACUAUCUGUAGAUGUAGAAGUUCUUGGUUUAAUAGUACCUAGUAUCUUCUAAUGCCUCAAGAGAUUCUCGCGAGAUCGCCAAGCGACCCAGACACGGAAGUGAAACUGCAGAAACGCAAAGAGUACUCAGAGGGUUUCAUGAAGCAAGCUAUGACCUAUUUGGAAUCGAAGUUCGCAGCUAAUGCAUCAACGAGCUUUUUCAUACGAGGAUCGACUUACGGACUGGCCGAUUUUAAGAGAAGAAGUUAAAGUCCUUUUACUCGGUAGUGCUCUCACUCCGACGCAGAAAUUGAUGAAGUUUCUUGUUAGAUGAGUAAGGUAAUGCUAAUUGACUGUAAUAGAAAUACAACUUUGUUCUUCAUCGCUGCUGGUGUUGUUGAGUAAGAACGUUGUGAACAAGUCAUAGACUGGGUACUACUACUACAGCUGCUUAAUUGAUUCUACCAACAAGGUCAAGACUAAGAUGAAGACGAGGAUCUCACAAUUCUUCUAGUUGAAAUUUUUCUUGUUUCAGUUAAAUGAAAAUUUCUAAGUCUUGCUACGUGCUGAUGGUAACCUCAAUGGUCGCAUCCGGCGAGUUUGAUGGUAUUCCGCCAGAAUACUUGGACAAUUUUCCUCUCGUCAAGGCGCAUCGAGAGAAAUGCCUCGCCGAAGUAGAACUCGUAAAGAACUAUGUCGCUGAAGGAUACAUGAUGUGAUGCUUCAUUGAAUGUAGUACUACUACGAGGACCUACGUGUUAUACUUGAUGCUAGACGUACUUUUCAUCUGCAUGAUCUACUAGUAUUUCUAUCCUAGUAAGUGCGAAGAUUUAUAUAAAAGAAUACCGAGGACGAGGGCCGACGACCCUCGGGCACCAGUAGCAUCACCAGACAAGUUACUUGUAAGCAGCUAACUCAACCCUCUUGCUCUUUAUCAUUUUUGUAUCCGGUUCUUUCGGUUACGGCGGGUUGAACGUGAGCGACAACGAUACAUGCGUGGUUUGACUCAACCAGGAUGAGAAGCCAGGAGAUGCCUACAUUUUUUAGCAACACGUGUAAAAUAAAUUCCAUCCUUGUACUAUCCUCGGGUUUCAUUUUCUUCAAUCAGAAGCCGUGUGAUAAUCAUAAUGAUCGUGAG